AAGAGGUUGUAAGUUGUUCUUUCAUUUCCGCGGGCCGCUACCAUCAAUCUCUCGCACGGAGAGAAAGAGAGUUUUUCUGGUAAAUUGGUAGCCGAAAGAGCAAGGAUGACAGCAGAGACCGCGAACGGGAGUUCUGAGACUCUCGCACACUCGAAUGGAGUCCCUAAUGGAGAUUUGCAACAUAAGAACAACAACAAGAAAUUGAAGGAGAGCGAGCGGCGUCGGCGGAGACGAAAGCAGAAGAAAAACAAGCCAUCCCAAGCGUCUUCUGAUGUCCUGGCCAACGAUAGCGAAGGCGCCGAAGAUGAAGCCAAAGAGAACGCCGAUCCACAGCAGGCUGUCGAACAAGUGGAGGUAGAGUACGUUCCGGAGAAGGCUGAGUUAGAGGACGAUUUACUUGAAGAUUUUAAAAAGGUUUUCGAGAAGUUUAGCUUCGGCGAUGCUGCUGCUACCACGGAGGAAAGCGAUAAAAAAGACGAAGCAGCUGCGAAUGCAGCCUCUAACAAGAAAACGGAUUCAGAUUCAGAGGAGGAAGAGCAGGACAAGCAGAAGGAGAAAGGGAUGUCAAAUAAAAAGAAAAAGCUCCAACGCCGAAUGAAGAUUGCUGAAUUGAAACAAAUAUGCUCAAGGCCUGAUGUUGUUGAGGUAUGGGAUGCAACAGCUGCAGAUCCAAAGUUGCUUGUGUAUUUGAAAUCAUACCGGAAUACUGUUCCUGUGCCAAGGCAUUGGUGCCAAAAGAGAAAAUUCUUACAGGGAAAGCGUGGUAUUGAAAAGCAGCCUUUCCAACUUCCUGACUUCAUUGCUGCAACAGGAAUUGAAAAAAUAAGACAAGCUUAUAUUGAAAAAGAGGACAGUAAGAAGUUAAAGCAGAAACAACGUGAACGCAUGCAACCAAAGAUGGGGAAGAUGGACAUUGACUAUCAGGUUCUCCAUGAUGCAUUUUUUAAAUAUCAGACAAAACCAAAGCUGACAACACAUGGUGAUCUUUAUCAUGAAGGGAAAGAAUUUGAGGUGAAACUGAGGGAGAUGAAGCCAGGUAUGCUCUCACAGGAACUAAAAGAGGCUCUUGGUAUGCCUGAAGGUGCUCCUCCUCCAUGGCUUAUCAACAUGCAGAGAUAUGGUCCUCCGCCAUCUUAUCCACAUCUGAAAAUUCCUGGUCUGAAUGCCCCCAUUCCUCUUGGAGCUAGCUUUGGUUAUCAUCCUGGAGGUUGGGGUAAACCUCCUGUUGAUGAAUAUGGACGCCCUCUGUAUGGAGAUGUUUUCGGGGUCCAACAGCAAGAAGAGCCUAACUAUGAGGAAGAACCCGUUGAUCGGACCAAGCACUGGGGAGACUUGGAGGAAGAAGAGGAAGAAGAAGAAGAAGAAGAGGAAGAAGAAAUAGAGGAAGAUGAAUUGGAGGCUGGCAUCCAAUCUGUAGAUAGUCUCUCAAGCACUCCCACUGGGGUGGAGACACCUGAUGUCAUUGACCUACGAAAGCAACAGAGAAAAGAGCCUGAGAAGCCUCUAUACCAGGUACUUGAAGAAAAAGAAGAAAGGAUUGCUGCAGGGACCUUGCUUGGAACGACACACACGUAUGUUAUUGGCACUGGAACCCAGGACAAAACAACUGCAAAGAGGGUUGAUCUGCUACGGGGUCAAAAAUCAGAUAAAGUGGAUGUCACUCUACAACCAGAAGAGUUGGAAGUUAUGGACAACGUCCUGGCUGCAAAGUAUGAAGAAGCACGGGAGGAGGAGAAGUUACGUAGCCAGCGGGAGGAUUUCAGCGACAUGGUUGCAGAGAAUGAGAAGAAGAGGAAGCGGAAGAUGCAGGAAAAGGAAGGAAAGUCAAAGAAGAAGGAUUUCAAGUUUUAGUGCGUCUGAAAUUUAUUCAUAUUAUCAGGUUCAGCUAUCCCUACUCUUCAUUGUUGGGGAGUGCAUCUAAUCAGUGACUUAAUUCAAACUAACCUCAUGUACUCUCCUAUGAGUUAAAGGAGUUAUUGAAGUGGUGGUCUUUUUACUGUUUCCUUGUAAUUUGUCUUCGUUUUCUACAAUAUUUGUAAUGCCUUGAAUAUUUGAAGUUUAAUGCAAAGGAAGCAUCUAAGAUCUAGCAAUUAUUAACA